AUGGGGAGGGCAGCUUUCGUUUCGCAUCAGUGGCUUGCCAGGAACCACCCAGAUCCCAACUUCAAGCAAAUGCGUAUUUUGCAGGAUGCUUUGAAGCGUCUCAUGAGCAGCCACGGUUCUGUGCCACUGGACAUGGUGACAGAAUCUGCCGUACCCACGGCCAAACCCCUUCCCAUGCGGGCGUUUCAAGAGCAGGCGUUGUUCGUCUGGUACGACUUCUUCUCUUGUCCCCAGCAGCACCGGAAGUCUGCUGAUCAAGCCAGCCUCAGCCAGCAGGCGGACGCCAUCAGCAGCAUCCCAGCCUACGUAGCAAAAUGCUACUUCUUUCUCGCUUUGUGUCCGGUGCUCGACUGCCCCGAGGAGAGCAAGGUGCUUUCGGCAACGACGUGGAACCACCGCGGAUGGUGUCGGGUAGAAAGGACCGCAAGAGAACUGUCAAGCAACAGCAGCUGGGUGCUUAUCCAGAGUGAUGCAGCUUUCGAAGUCGUCGGCACGGCAGUCUCUUUUGUGACUGGAGCCGUAGGGGAGGGUGAAUUCGGCAUUGAGAGCGAUCGUCAGAUGCUUGCGCCAGUAAUGCGCAGCAUCAUAUUGCAGAAGUUGAAGCGCUGCCUGCGAGCUGGCGACCUGCCCGGUUUCCGUCGCAACUUCAGCCUGCAGAGCGUGUACUUGCGAGGGCUGGAUAUCGAGCACGUGGCGGGCUUGCUUGACAGCAACGAUGACUCCGAUGACGCCGCCUCAGCGAGUGGAACGAGUGGAGCCAGUGGAGCCAGUGGAGCCAGUGGACGUCUGGACGCAGUGGCGGAGUUCCUUCGCCAGAAUGGCCUCCGGAAAGCCUGCAAAGCCGACAGCGCGGGAUGGCGGCCACUGCACUAUGCCGCCUUAGCCGGGGAUGUCGAGGUGCUCCAAGGUCUCCUUGAAGGGCGGGCAGAUGUCAACCGCCGCACCUCGAAGGAUGAGCCGGUGCUGGGCUUUCCGCCUUGGAUGUCAGCACUGGACCUGGCAGUCUGCUACAAGCACCAUGACGCCACGCGGCUGCUGCUUUCAGCAAGAGCCAACCUCGAGGGAGGGCUCGCGCCGGCCUUGGUCUUUGCUGCGAUGACCGACAAUGUGGAAGGCAUUCGCCUCCUCUGCGCAGCAGGCGGCAAUCCAUUGGGCCGCAACCUCUUUGGGUUCUCCCCGUUGAUGACCGGAGCCUCAUACGCAGCGACAGCAGCAGUUGAGGAGCUCAUAAAACAGGGUCGCCCGGACCCACUGGAGCUCUCACGC